UGAAGAGUCUGGAGUCCUCAGGGCUGCCUGAUAAGCAGAAGAAAAGAUAAUGCAACACAAUGACUGGCAAAACAAACUCAUGCUGCUCUAUCUCGGUGUUACCAUGGACUUUCUUAAGAACACUUGACUCUGUGAUGUCCACUAAGAACAAUGUGAUGCCCAUUGAGAUGUUUACUUUGUUAUAAGAAGCUCUAACCGACGCCAUGAGUGCUGACACAGCCAACAGAGUGGAUCUGGACCCAGAUUACCAUGCUGAACUGGCUGACAUGGUCGCAGCCAUGAAUGUGGCUGCCAACAGACUGACUCCACCCAAUGGCUAUAGGACCACUCCGCAUCGCCUCAAUCACUCUGAUCGCAAGAUGUCAUUGCAGGAGCGAUCAAGUUACCAGAAUGUCACCAACCCAAGGAUAGCCAGAAGACCCACCAUUGAAUCCAAGCGAGUGUCUAUCUCUGAAGGUGAUGACUGUGUCCAGCUCAACCAAUAUAAAUUAAAGAAUGAGAUAGGGAAGGGUUCAUAUGGGGUGGUCAAAUUAGCAUAUAAUGAAGAUGAUGACCAGUAUUAUGCUAUGAAGUUGGUAUCCAAAAAGAAGUUAAUGAAGCAGUUUGGAUUUGCAGGACGACCCCCUCCCAAAUUAUCCAGUGGAUCACAAGGAAAUCUAUCAAAGCCUUUUGGCCUGUUGGACCGAAUAUAUCAAGAAAUUGCUAUCUUGAAGAAACUUGACCAUCUUAAUGUUGUUAAAUUAGUUGAGGUUCUUGAUGACCCAGCUGAGGAUAAUUUGCAUAUGGUCUUUGAGUUGGAACCUAAAGGUCCCGUGAUGGAGGUCCCUACAAACAAUCCCUUAACCGAGGAGAUGGCCCGUUUUUACUUCAGAGAUGUAAUCUUAGGAAUUGAAUACUUACACUAUCAGAAAAUCAUACAUAGAGACAUCAAACCCUCAAAUCUGUUGCUGGGGGAUGAUGGGCACAUCAAGAUAGCAGAUUUUGGUGUCAGUAAUGAGUUCGAAGGGAAUGACGCUCUCCUGUCAAACAGUGCAGGAACACCAGCCUUCACGGCACCUGAAACUCUCUCUGACCAAGAGCAGCGAUUCAGUGGAAAGGCUCUAGACAUAUGGGCAAUGGGAGUGACGUUGUUCUGUUUCGUCUUUGGAAGGUGUCCGUUUCAUGAUGAAUACAUCUUAGGAUUGCAUGAUAAAAUCAGGACUAUGCCAGUGGAGUUCCCGUACAAGCCAGUGAUCAGUGAGGGUCUGAAGCAACUCAUCACCAGAAUGCUGGAUAAAAUCCCUGAAACUAGAAUCACCAUUCCAGAAAUAAAGUUGCACCCAUGGGUAACGCUUGAUGGCACUGAUCCAUUGCCCCUGGAAGAGGAGCACUGUACAGUGGUGGAGGUCACAGAAGAGGAGGUGCAGAAUUCUGUGAAACUAGUUCCCAGCCUGUCUGCUGUGAUCCUGGUGAAAUCCAUGUUGCGGAAGCGUUCCUUCAGUAACCCGUUUGAGUGCCCAAGUCGCAGGCAGGGCAGAUCUAUGUCUGCUCCUGGAGGUCUGAUAUUGGAUAUGUCAAUGUUUCGCCCUCUAAGCAGAGGGAGUACUAGUAACGGGAGCAGAGAGGGAGAACUGGAGAACCUUAUUGAGGAUGAAACUUUCACAUGAAUUUGCAAAUGUUUGGAGAAAAAAGGGCCCAAUUUUAUUAUGUACUUGAAAGUCCCAUCUGCAGGGGAUUACUUUGGACAUUGUCAUGCUGUUUUACCUUUUAAAUGCUAUGACAUAAUGUAAGGAAAUUCUUUAAGGAACCUUUUAAUUGUCAUGCACUCAAAGAAAAUAACUCAGUGGCUGAACUUUAUUUAAUCAUGGACAGUGGUUUCACAUGUUUAAAAUGAGUUUUCUUGAAUUGAAACUACCAUGUAAUCUGAACUUAAAUACUUCAAGUAGGAAAGGAAGUGGGAAACCUAAUUGAAUUGAGUAAACUCAACUAAAUUAGACAUGCUAAAUUAACUCAAAUGAAUUUCUUAUUCUAGCUAGUACAGUAAUUGCUAGCAUGUUAAAUGGGAAACACUAUGCUAUGAUUAGCAUAGCAAUUGCUCAAUGAGUAAAGCAAUAAAGCACUCAACACAUCCAGGGGUGCAUUAAGGUGCCUCCUGUCCCAAGGGCUCAUGCCAGUUGUCCUAUAUGGGGUGAGAGGGGUGGGAGACUGUUAUUUAUGAACAUGCGCAUUAUAGACAGCUUUCACUGUUGUACAUGUCUCCGUGCUUUUAUUAGUGUCUCCCGUAUAAGGCAUUUAAAUGCACUCCUCCCAUAAAUGUUGAUGGGGGAGAAUAGGGUAGCAGAUUCCACGAUUAGGACCCCCCCUAAUGCAAAUGGAUUGAGUAAAACUUGAAAGCUUUAGAACAACUCAGUUACUUUAAAUGGAUAGUUCACCCAAAAAUUUAAAUCCUCUCAUGAGUUACUUACCUUUAAGUCAUCCCAGAUCUGUAUGACUUUCCUUCUUCAGCAGAACCAAAGUAAAGUCAAGUCAAGUCAAAUUUAUUUGUAUAGCGCUUUUCACAACAGGUGUUGUUUCAAAGCAGCUGUACAUGAAAUUAUGCUAUAACAGAAAAUUAAUUAAUAUAAUGCCAAUAUUAGUUAUUUAUGUUUAAAACUAUUAGUGGUUAAAAUUUGUAAACUAAGUAAGUGUUGUGGGUCGAUGGUUAAACAAAAUUAUUUUGUAUGUACUAUACAUUUUAGUGUUAAUGUCCUUGAAGUCAUCUCGAAUUAACUGAGGAAAUACACGUAGAUGCAUUGUCCUUUGAUUUUGGCCGAUGAAGGCUUUUGUUGGCGGUUAAUUCAUUUUCUGUGUAGUUCAUUUUUUAAGAGAGUGUUGUCCCUCAUUUGACCAAGUUGAUAUAGGUAUAAUUCUGUUAUGAGCAUCGCAGUCCGGCUGGAAGCUUAUGGUUGGUAAUUUUGGUGAACUUCAUCCUAAGCCCAUGCUUCGGACAGUGGCUCAUGAAGAAUCCCAUGUUUGCAUCAAUUCAUCCUCUGUGAAGUACGUCUUAGUAGACUGAAGUGAAGUCUGGCUGGCACAUGCUGCAGUUGGUCAUCAUCACUCAGCGACACAGUGGGAGUCGGACAUCAGGCAGGACCGGAUGAAUGGAUCGAGUAGCCUCUGGUAACCUCGGAAUAUAACAGAAUAAAAAUAGCGUAGAUGCCAUUCACUUUAAAGCAGGGUUAAAGAAUAAGUGUUUCCGGUGAAAAUUUAGAUUUCAGCUACAGUCCAUACAAUGAAUAUGUGUUGGCUGUGGGCUGUUUGACGGUCCAAAGGCAUAUUUAGGCAGCAUACAAGUAGUCCACAUGACUCCAGUCAAUCAAUUAAUGUCUUCUGAAGCAAAUCGAUAGGUUUGUGUAAAAAUAAAUAGAUAAUUAAAACUUUAUCAACUGUAAAAAAUCGCUUCCUGCCAGCAGUCGACGCAUCAGUGACGUUAGCACAAUGGCGCAUUCACGUGAGAAGCCGGAAGUGUGCUCUUUGUAUACAAUAGAGGAACGAACGUCAUGCAAGAGUUAGUCCAUUUCAAACAGAAAUACAGUGCUGGGCGGAAGCAACAAUUUAUAGUUAAUAAAGUUUUAAUUAUCUAUUUAUUUUUUACACAAACCUAUCAGUUUGCUACAGAAUGCAUUAACUGAUUACUUUUAUGCUGCCUAAAUAUGCCUUUUUGACCGUCAAAUAACCAGCAGACUGAUGGCACCCAUUUACAUGCAUUGUAUGGACAAACUGAGCUGAAAUCUGCUUAUAAAAAUCUUCACUUUGGUUCUGCUGAAGAAGGAAAGUCUAACACAUCUGAGAUGGCUUAAAGGUAAGUAAAUCAAGAGAGAAUUUUAAUUUUUGGGUGAACUAACACUUUAUAUUAACUUGGUUACAUUAUUAUUAUUGUUAUUUUGAGUAAAAUGGACAAGGAACGUUUAAGUAAAUCUGAUAAUAGAGAAAGUUGUGGUGUCUGACAAAAGAAUCUGGUGAUAAGUACUUUAUAUACAGUAUGUAUGUAUGUAUAUAUAUAGUAAAAGCAUUUAAGUGCCAAAUGUAAAGUGUCACGGUAAAAACAUGAAUUUAACAUGAGUAGUCAACAACUUUAAGAGACUGAAUUUAAAUGCAUAAAAAAAAGUUUGUUUUAGAUAUGACAAACAGCAUGAAUUUGCAUAAGAUAUAUAAAAGUAGGGACCCACUUUAUAUUAGGUGGCCUUAACUACUAUGUACUUAACCAUUUGAUACAAUGUACUUAUUAUGCACAUACAUGUUGUUGCAUUGUAAUUACAUUUAAAGUACUUGCAUUUAAUUACAUUUGUAGUUACAUUAUUAACUUUAUCCCUAACACAACCCUUACCCCAAAACCUAAAUCUAACCCUAAAUCCUAAUCCUAACAUUACCCUUACUCCUACACCUACCCAUACCUAAACCUCAGUAGAAGCAAAUGUGGGCAUUUUUGGAGAACAACAUGUAGUUAUACAGUAAAUACAUAGUUUUGUAUGUAUUUAAUGUUAGUACACAGUAGUUAAGGCCACCUAAUAUAAAGUGUGACCAAAAGUAGAUUUGUUGUAUAAAAAUUUCCUUUUCGGAUUUUGCUGUUGUUCAGCUUAUUUGGUCCUCUGGAUCACAGAAUGGUCUGUAGUUUGUAGCUGGAGCCCCUGAAUA